CCAACAUCCAAAAGUGCAAAAGCCUCUACAGCGCAGGGCCUUCCUCCUUCCUCCUGGUUCUGCUUCUCAGAGGCAGCCAUGUGGGUAGUUUCCUGUCCACCCUGCAGGGGCUCUUCAUAUCCAAGCAUUAGCUAUAGGUCCCUUUAAAAACAAACAAUGGCAGCCUGGCGCACGCAGGGCCGCACCUGGCCUUUCUCAUCCGCCGUAUCUUGGAGAUCACUCCACAUCUCUGCCCCGCAGCAGCCUCCUUCGAGUUGCGGUUGUGCUGCUGUAACUUGUACAGGCGCCGCUCCGUGAGUAUCCUUGCACCGUCUCGACCCGUGUGCAAGUGUAUAUCCUAGGGGUGAAAACCUAGAAGUACGGUUGCUGUCCGAUGCAGCUGAACUGCCCUGCACAGAGGCUGUGCCCACAUAGGCACCUCUGGUGGUGCCCUCACGGAAUGGUCAGGCCACUCUUUGCCAAGCCUGAUGGGUGGCCGAAGCUCCCCUCUGGGUCACCUUGAGCCCCAGCUGCUGCAGGCCCAAAAAUCAAAAUCCCUGGCGCCAGUGGCUGAAGUUUAGAUUUCUUCUGCGUGAGGGUGUGUGUUUUUUCUUAAGAUUUUUCUAUCACGUUUUCCCUAAACCGCCUUCCCCAUUGCUGUCUCUUUCUGUGAGUUGUAGUGUUCCUUAACGGGCGAGGAGGUAAACCUCUGACUGUGUUUCUCAUGGUUUUCUUAGUUGGCCAUUGGUGGUUUGUAAUUUUAUUUUUUGUGUUGCUUUUUGCCACAAAGGGUUUCUUUGUUUUGUUGUUUUAAUGUAAUAAUCCAAUAACUUCUCGAUUUUAAUUCCCAUCCUUGACAACAAAAGAACCAAGGGUAACCAGGGGUGGCGGGUUUCCUCCAUCCUCCCUGCUGACCUCCCCUGUCUGCCCUCCCCCAGAUACCAUGGCCUGGGAGACCAUCCUGAUGGAUACACUGGAGGACAACAUCCCCCGCGCUCGGGCUGGCCACUGCGCAGUCGCCAUCAACACUCGCUUGUACAUUUGGAGUGGGCGUGACGGCUACCGCAAGGCCUGGAACAACCAGGUCUGCUGCAAGGACCUCUGGUACCUAGAGACAGAAAAGCCACCACCCCCAGCCCGAGUACAGCUGGUACGCGCCAACACCAACUCCCUGGAGGUGAGCUGGGGGGCAGUGGCAACAGCCGACAGCUACCUUCUCCAGCUCCAGAAAUAUGACAUUCCUGCCACGGCCGCUACUGCCACCUCCCCUACACCCAAUCCGGUCCCAUCUGUGCCUGCCAACCCUCCCAAGAGCCCUGCCCCAGCAGCAGCCGCACCUGCUGUGCAGCCGCUGACCCAAGUAGGCAUCACGCUCCUGCCCCAGGCUGCCCCCGCGCCCCCGACCACCACCACCAUCCAGGUCUUGCCGACGGUGCCUGGCAGCUCCAUUUCUGUGCCCACUGCAGCCAGGACUCAAGGUGUCCCUGCUGUUCUCAAAGUGACCGGUCCUCAGGCUACAACGGGAACUCCAUUGGUCACCAUGCGACCUACCAGCCAGGCCGGGAAAGCCCCUGUCACCGUGACUUCCCUGCCCGCCGGAGUGCGGAUGGUUGUGCCAACGCAGAGUGCCCAGGGGACGGUGAUUGGCAGUAGCCCACAGAUGAGUGGGAUGGCCGCACUGGCCGCUGCGGCUGCUGCCACCCAGAAGAUCCCCCCUUCCUCGGCACCCACGGUGCUGAGUGUCCCAGCGGGCACCACCAUCGUGAAGACCAUGGCUGUGACACCUGGCACUACCACCCUCCCAGCCACUGUGAAGGUGGCCUCCUCGCCAGUCAUGGUGAGCAACCCUGCCACGCGCAUGCUGAAGACUGCAGCUGCCCAGGUGGGGACAUCGGUUUCCUCCGCCACCAACACAUCCACGCGCCCUAUCAUCACAGUGCACAAGUCAGGCACUGUGACAGUGGCCCAGCAAGCCCAGGUGGUGACCACAGUCGUGGGUGGGGUCACCAAGACCAUCACCCUGGUGAAGAGCCCCAUCUCUGUCCCAGGAGGCAGCGCUCUGAUUUCCAAUCUGGGCAAAGUGAUGUCGGUGGUCCAGACCAAACCAGUUCAGACUUCAGCAGUCACAGGCCAGGCGUCCACGGGUCCUGUGACUCAGAUCAUCCAGCCGCUCCAGGCCAUCCCCAUGUCGGCCAUCAUUACCCAGGCGGGCGCCACAGGUGUGACCAGCAGUCCUGGCAUCAAGUCCCCCAUCACCAUCAUCACCACCAAGGUGAUGACUUCAGGAACUGGAGCACCUGCCAAAAUCAUCACUGCUGUCCCCAAAAUUGCCACUGGUCAUGGGCAGCAGGGAGUGACGCAG